AUGGCCUCGCGGCUUGGCCUUGGCCUUGCCCCAGUGCAUGAAAAGGGUAGCCUGCUCUUUGACGAGCUGAAGGGUGUAAUGGAGAAGAGCGUGGACGAACACAUGCAUACGAUGAGCCACAUAUCCAAACGUGGCACCAUGUACAUCCAUUCUCCAUCCGAACCUGUGCUGGCGAUCGCUGCCUCGCUCAUCAUGCUCCCCACUGUCAGUAAAGACUUUUUCCAGGAGCUGGCAGAUUGGCAGAUGGCAGUCAACACAUACGGCUCCAUCUUGGAAUACUUCAGAAUGACUUGCAUUGGAGACCUGGCAAUUGCCCUGGCAAUCACCGGACUCAAGGGGAUGCAUGGACAGCUAGCCUCGCGCAUCGCCUUGAUCACUGCCUGGGACGCAGCAAAGCGCAAAGAGCUCGACGCGCUCGAGCUACAGGAGAUCUCGCAAUACGCCACCGUGCUGACCCGCGCGGUGCCUCUGGAGACCAUCCUUGCAGGGCUUGCCGAUCUCGACGAGGCCAACGCUGACCAAUUGCGCCAACGCCUUGAAAGAGUGCAGCAGCACCGCUUGUCCACCCGUCCGGCUGGAAGAUCGGCAGCAUCAUCAACAAUCGCGUGGACCAACUUUACGCAUUUUGAUGUCCUGCCCGAUCAUAUCACCAAGAUCUCUCCCGAAUACCUGUGGUGCUGUUGGAAGCGUGGACUUGGACUGCAAAUGGCACGCUCGCAGCAUGGCAUCGAUGGCAUCCUCCCCGUCUUUAUGGGCAGCCUCGAGGAGCCCUUUGUAAGCCGCACUGGCACACAGGAUGAUGCCGCCACCAGCAGCAUCGAGAUGCACGCCGCACGCUACAUGACCUACAUUGCAUGGGAGGCCAAGAAUCACGACGAACCGCAGCCAGAAGCCAGAUCGGGUAAGCCAGAUGUAAAGUUCAAGCUCGCUGGACCAUCAAUCAUGCAUGCCUCGCACACACUGCCGGGUGAAGAGCCACUCACUGAAAGGGCUCUGAUCUGCGUUCAGCUUGACCUGGGCUCUUCGACGCCAUUUGUCAGCGAACCUCAAGGAUUCCGCCCGCGAGUGGAGACGAUCAAUGGCACCGAAUGCCCUCGACUCUGCAUCCGAGGUGUGACCAACAAGCACGCCUAUCCUUGCCUUGACGUUUUGAAGAUCCGAGCCGUCUUUCAGACGCUCUGGAACUGUAUUCUCGCGGAAUGCCCGUACGAGCUGCUCGAUGAGGUGCCCAAUUCGAUUUGGAACGAUCACAUGCAGCCUGCGCUGCCCUCGAUCUCGGCGGCUGGAGUGUCCAAUCCACCAGCCGCAGCCACAGCAGCAGCAAAGGAUGACAAUGAUGGCGCGGCUCAAUGCAAAAGACAGCGUAUGGAUCUGGAUUGA